UUUUAACAGGCGGUGGAGUUGUAACAUAAUUUCCUGGUUGUGUGCUUCACGGCAUUUUCAUUGUUAAACUUGCAUGUUUUACCCUCGUGUUAAUAUUGCAAAUGUUUAUUAUCCAUUCUGGAACAACUUGAAAAGUAAUCUGCUCAAAUGUCUGGCAACGAAGAGCAAGAACCUACGGCACAACAGGAGCAUGAGCAUCUUGUAUCGGGCGAUGCCGUUGUUAUUGUCGCCGAAGGAUGCGCAGCCACCGUGUGUCUGGAACCUGAUGGACAGAAUCACCAACAAGAACACGUUCACGUAGAACGAGAACAUAGCUCAGAAUCUACUGUUGAUUUAAUGCAUACAGUACCUGCCAUAAUUGAGGCAACUGAAACAGAAGCUAAUGGGACAGCAACAGUUACAGUACAAUAUCAUGUGACUUCAACCAAUCCUUGCACUAUUACCAGAACUCAUGAGACGCCCUUGACUCAAACUGCUGAAGUGGCCUCUCGAACUGAGAUUCCCCAAGAUAUUGGAGCAGUAGUGGAUGUAUUAAUUUGUGGUCAGUGUCAUCAACAGUAUAUAGAUAUCGUAGAAUUUCUCAAUCAUAAAGCAGAACAUCAAACACCUGGUGGCAAUCAUCGAUGUGAACUUUGUAAGAAGACAUUCAGUACUGGGCUUGUGGUUGUGGAACACUACCAAUGUAAACACAAAGUUGCCUUCCCAAGGGAGAAUAGCAACGUCAACAACUCAAACUUCCAGUCUACUAACCACACUAAUCUUCAGCCAGUUGUUCUACAUAAUUCCUCAAGGAAGAAAAACCAUGAUGAGAAAAAAGAUAAGCCAGCGAGUGAUGAAUCAGAUGCACACAGAGAAGACAAUGACUUCAAAUUUUUGUUGAUUACUGAGAAGGUAAAAGGCGCAAAGUUUGAGUAUGGCAAAACAGCUUUCAAAUGUCUGUUUUGUAAUCAUAAAACACAGACUAAAAAUGUUCUUGUGAAACACGUAACAAAUAAGCAUGCUGAUGUUAUGGGUCAAGAGCCAGAAGUUCCAGUGGUUUUAAACAAUGACACAUGCAAGGAACAGGUCAUGCUGCUUUCUGAGUACAAUAAGAUGAAUCAAUGUUCUCUGAAAAAUCCCCUUGAGCAUGGAAGAAGUGCCAGAAAGCAUAGAGCUAAGAAGUAUAAAAAAGAUGAUCCCUGGGGGAUUUAUCCCUGCGAGUUUUGCGAGAAGGUGUUCAAUCGUGCCAGGUCCUUGAGGGUACACUUGGAAACUCAUCGCACAGAGAAAAACUUUCUGUGUGAUGAGUGUGGAAAAGCGUUCAAAUCACAAACAAGGCUGCGUGUACACAGACGAGUGCACAGGAACAAAAUAUUCAAGUGCAUUCAGUGUGAUUUCCAGUCUAAUAUUAACGCCGCAAUACAUGCCCAUAGGCAGAUGCACACUCAGGGGUCAGUGCUUUGUGACAUAUGCGGCUAUGCUUAUACUGACAAAUCUACACUGCACAAGCACAUGCGAGUACACUCCAGGGAUAGGCCGUACGGUUGUACAUUUGAAGGCUGCACUUGGAGAUUCAAAACUGAGGCUAUGUAUAAAGCCCAUAUCAGGGCACAUACCAGCGACGGAAAAUUCAAGUGUAGUUUUUGUGGGUAUCUUUUUCGACACAAACACCACUUGCAGAGACAUGAAACGAACAUGCAUGGUGUGAAAAUUACAAAAUCAGUACGCGUUCAGAAGGAAGAGAAAGUUGCGAUUGAGCUGGCUGAUGCAACUACAGUGACAGUGGGGCCUCAGAUACAGCACAUUGUAGUAGAUGGUGCAGGCAAUGCCAUAUCAUAUGAGCAAGCUGACUUUGCUACCUUGAAUUACCAAACUUUGAUUCAAACACCAGAAACAAGACAAAUACUGCAGGCUGCGCAAGAGCAAGAAAACCCAACUGUUUUUUCAUGA